AUGCUGAAAAAGAACGAUAAUAUAACAUAUGAUGUUGAAAAAAUAUCUAUUGAAAAUCCACUUCCUGCUAAAGAAUUUAAUGAUUUCCAUGAUAAUUUAGAUAUUGAAAAAUAUGGUGAAACCAAAAGAAAAUUGAAUCUGCGUCAUGUUAAUUUAUUAAUGAUUGGUCAAUCUAUUGGAUCAGCAUUAUUUGUUAGUAUAAAGAAUCCAUUACAUAAUAGUGGUUCACUUUCAUUUUUUUUAGCAUUUGCCAUUUGGGCAUGUUUAGUGAUAUAUCCUUUAAUGCAAGCUAUUGGAGAAAUGUGUUCUUAUUUGCCAAUAAAGGGUUCAUUUUUCCAUUUUUCUGCUCGUUAUGUUGAUCCAGCUUUAGGAUUUGCUUCAUCUUUAAUAUAUACUUAUACUGCAUUAAUGUUUGUUUGUAUUGAAGCUACAGCAUGUGCAGGAUUGAUAUCAUUUUGGACAGAUAUUAAUCCUGGUAUUUUCAUUACUAUUGCUUUGGUAUUAUUUUUUUUAAUCAAUUUAUUUGGAGCUCAAUUUUAUGGAGAAUUUGAAUCGAUUUUUUCUUCAUUUAAAGUAAUUUUAAUUUUAGGUUUGAUGAUUUUUUCUUUAAUAUCAAUGUGUGGUGGUAAUCCUCAACAUAAUGCUUAUGGAUUUCAACAUUGGAAAGAAGGUGGUCUUUUUAAACCAUAUUUGGUGGGUGGGACAACUGGUAAAUUCCUUGGUACUUACAAUUGUUUAAUUUGGGCCGGGUUUGCCGCCGGUGGUCCCGAUGUGUUAGCAUUAAUUGCUGCUGAAGUUAAAAUGCCUCGUAAAAACAUUGGAAUUGUUGCUAAACGUUCUUACAUCAGAAUAUACUUGUUUUAUCUUGGUGGUAUUUUUUUCUUGAAUUGUCUUAUAGCUUCUAAUGAUCCUUCAUUAGUGGAAUCUUUAAAAUCAUCUACUGUGUCACCUUGGACUUUGGGUAUUCAAAAUGUUGGUGUUCGUGGGUUAGGACUGGUUGUUAAUGGAGCUGUUUUAACUUCAGCAUUUUCUUGUGGCAAUGCAUUUUUCUUUCUUGGAACUAGAUCACUUUAUUCUGCUUCUUUGGCAGGAUAUGUUCCAAGAUUUUUUUCCAAAUGUUUGAAAAGUGGUGUACCCAUUAAUUGUGUCAUAUUCACAGGUGUUAUAUCUUUGAUUUCUUAUUUGAAUAUUAAUCAAUCUACUGGAGUGGUAUUCAAUUGGUUUGUUAAUUUAGCCACCACAGGAUUGUUAUGUUCUUAUAUUUGCAUGUGGCUCUCUUAUUUCAAAUUUAGAAAGGCAUAUGAGGUUCAAACUGGUAAGCAAAUGAAAAAGGGACAAUAUGGUUAUUAUUUGGCUCCAAAAUUUAUUCACCCAUAUUUCACAUACUUUGGAUUUUUCCUUAAUGUGGUGGUGUUGAUUUUCAAUGGGUUUUGGAUUUUCUUUCCGGGACAGUUUUCAGUGUCAAAUUUGUUUACUUCCUAUUUUGCUCCAGUAUUCUUCAUUUGUUUAUUUGUUUUUUGGAAGGUAUUUAAAAAGACUCAUUGGAGAAAUGCCAUGGAAGCUGAUAUUACUACAGGCAAACAAUAUAUUGAUGAAGAAGAGGAAAAAGACAUUGAAUUUGAACUUAAUCGAGAAAGAAGACAAGGAUGGGUUUUUGUUGCCUGGAGAAAGGCAUCGGAUUUCUGUUUUAGUUAG